GAAAGGAAGAUGGUAGCCUUUUCAAGCAUUCUUAUUAUUUAUCUACUGACCUCCUUGUGCAGUACAGAAAAAGCAGUGUUCCUAUCUGAUGAAUCCGCCAGCAGCCUUUUGGUGAGACAAAAAAGGUACAACACAGGCCGCCUGGAAGAAUGGGUGGCUGGCAACCUUGAACGGGAAUGUCUAGAAGAAAAGUGCAACUAUGAGGAAGCAAGAGAAGUUUUUGAAAAUGAUGACAAAACUAAAGAAUUCUGGAAGCAAUAUAUAGAUGGAGAUCAAUGUUUAUCAAAUCCCUGUUUAAAUGGAGGUGUUUGCAAAGAUGAUGUUAGUGAUUAUGUGUGCUGGUGUCAGCAGGGAUACAGUGGAAAGAACUGUGAGCUAGAGCUGCCUGUAAUUUGUUCAAUUAUGAAUGGAGGAUGUGAUCACAUGUGCAGGGACGACCCUGUUAAGAAAGUGAUCUGCUCCUGCGCCAGUGGAUACAAACUAGCAGAAAAUGGCAAGACCUGUGAGGCCGCUGUGCCAUAUCCAUGUGGAAGAGUUAGCUCACCUGAAGCCCUGCCAAAGGAAGAGACUCGCUCGUUUCUGGAUUCUCUAGAGCAAAAUCUAACCAGCGCUGCUCAUCCUAAUAUCACAGAUCAAGAAAAACCCAAGGAAGACAUUGUACCUGUAACAGUUGAUCCAAAUGUCAGAAUUGUUGGAGGAACUGAAAGUCUGAAGGGAGAAUUCCCUUGGCAGGUUCACUUGGUCAAUAAAGAUAACCUGGGGUUCUGCAGUGGAUCAAUUAUAAAUGAGAAGUGGAUUGUAACUGCGGCCCACUGUUUUCUUAUAAGGGGUGAAUUCAAAGUUGUUGCAGGUGAACACAACACAGAGGUUUCUGAUGGAACUGAGCAACACCACAAAGUGACAAGAAUUAUCCUUUAUCCCGCUUAUAAUGCCACAAGAAGCAAAUACAACAAUGACAUUGCUCUCCUAGAGCUGGAAAAACCUCUGGAACUGAACGACUAUGUGAGGCCUGUGUGUAUUGGUAACAUGGAUUUCACAGAAAAAUUGCUAAAACGUAAUGCUUUCAGUAUGGUGUCUGGGUGGGGAGAUCUUGGGUAUAAAGGGAGGCCAGCAGUGAUUCUCCAGAAGUUGGCUGUGCCGUACAUUAACCAAGCUGCUUGCAAGAAAUCAAGCCGGUUUUCUAUCUACGCCAAUAUGUUCUGUGCUGGAUAUUCAGAUGAGUCUAAAGAUACAUGUCAGGGGGACAGUGGGGGACCCCAUGUUACAGAAUAUAAAAACCUUUGGUUCUUAACCGGAAUAACCAGCUGGGGAGAAAAGUGUGCGGAAAAAGAUAAAUAUGGAGUUUAUACCAGGCUCUCCAGAUUCACUGAUUGGAUACGGACUACAACAAAGAUCAGUUAAUCCUCUGACAUAGUGCUUUGUUAUUCUUGUUUUCUGUCAAUAUGCCAAAUAAGGUUAGUUUGCCAUGAAAUCAUAGUGAAUAAAUUAAUAUCUGAAAUGUCUGUAAUACAAAAAAUAAAGGAAUAAAUUUGGUCUUGA